UUGGCGCAGGAUCCUCGGACUGAGGGCCAGGUGGCUCCCGAAGACUGUGGCCCUGAGAGGCAUUCCUAGCCCUUGAUGUGGUGGGACAGGUGCAUGGGCGCUCCUGGCCGGGUAUCUUGGGGCCCGGGAAGCCUCCCACAUCCUCCUUGAUGAUGCCCGAGGUAGCUCUGCCCCGCUUCCUGUCCUGUGGUGACCUCGGAAGGGCGCCGGUGCCAGUCUCCAGGGUUAGCUCGCGGUGCCACCGCGCAGUGCACCUGAAAGACAAUCCCCUGCCCUAGGACAAACAUGAGGAGCGCAGCCAAGCCCUGGAAUCCUGUCGUCAAAGCGGGGAGCCAUGGCCCCGAACGUGCACGGCCCCUUCCUACAGCUUCUUCUGGCAUGAGGAGUUCUAAAUCUUCAACCUCCUUGGCUUUUGAGUCCCGUCUCAGCAAGCUCAAGAGGGCCAGUAGCGAGGAUAUGCUCAACAAACCUGGAAGUACCACCUCAUCAGGGGUAGUUCGACUGAAAAAGACCUCGACAGCAGGAGCCAUCUCUGAGCUAGCUGAGAGUCGCCUGAGGACCAAUACAGGGGCUGUUUCAACAACCAAACGGACAGGCAUCCCAGCUCCCCGAGAACUCUCAGUAACUGUCUCAAGAGAGAGGUCUGUGCCACGUGGUCCCUCCAACCCAAGGAAAUCUGGGUCCAGUCCAACUUCCUCCUGUACCCCGACCCCUACCAAGCACCUGAGGACCACUUCAGCAAAAUCCAAGCAAGAGAAUGAAGGUGGAGAAAAAGCUGUUCUUGAGUCUCAAGUUCGGGAACUUCUGGCAGAAGCCAAAGCCAAAGACAGUGAAAUCAACAGGCUUCGAAGUGAACUAAAGAAAUGUAAGGAGAGAAGGGCCCUGAGCACUGAGGGGACUGAUGCUUCAGACCCAAGUGUUGAUGGGAUAUCAGCCCCACCAGGUGACACAGAACCUUUAUUAAGAGCCCUUGAGGAGAAGAACAAAAUCUUUCAGAAAGAGCUUGCUGACCUAGAGGAAGAAAAUAGGGCCUUGAAGGAGAAACUGACUUACCUCGAGCAGUCACCAAAUUCUGAAGGAGUAGCAAGUCACAUUGGUGACAGCAGCUGCCCAACAUCCAUAACUCAAGAGUCAAGCUUUGGAAGUCCAACUGGAAAUGAGCUGUCAAGUGAAAUUGAAGAGUAUAAAAAAAACACACAUGGAAAUACAUUGCGGACAUCAGGGUCCUCAAGCAGCGAUGUUACCAAAGCUUCCUUGUCACCAGAUGCCUCUGAUUUUGAGCACAUCACUGCAGAUACCCCGUCUCGGCCCUUGUCCUCCACUAGCAACCCUUUUAAGAGCUCCAAGUGUUCCCCUACUGGGAGUUCCCCAAAUAACGCCAGCGAGCUGUCCCUGGCUUCCCUCACAGAGAAGAUACACAAGAUGGAAGAAAAUCAGCACAGCACUGCAGAAGAGCUGCAGGCUACUCUGCAAGAGUUAUCAGACCAGCAGCAAAUGGUGCAGGAACUGACAGCUGAGAACGAGAAACUGGUGGAUGAGAAGACGAUUUUAGAGACAUCCUUUCACCAGCAUCGAGAAAGGGCAGAGCAGCUAAGUCAAGAAAAUGAGAAACUGAUAAACCUUUUACAAGAGCGAGUGAAGAAUGAAGAGCCCAAUGCCCAAGGAGGAAAAAUCCUGGAGCUGGAGCAGAAGUGCACAGAUAUUCUGGAGAAGAGCCGCUUUGAAAGAGAGAAGUUGCUCAAUAUUCAGCAGCAGUUGACCUGUAGCUUACGGAAGGUUGAGGAGGAAAACCAAGGAGCUUUAGACAUGAUUAAGCACCUAAAGGAAGAAAAUGAAAAACUUAAUGGGUUUCUAGAACUAGAGCGGUGUAAUAAUAGUGUGAUGGCCAAAACUUUGGAAGAAUGUAGAGUUACCUUGGAAGGCUUGAAGACAGAGAAUGGGUCCUUGAAGUCUCAUUUGGAGGGAGAAAAGCAAAAAAUUAUGGAGACCAGUAGUACCCUGGGGCAGACAGCAGAGAACUGUAAAGUCCAGGAAAUGUUGGAAGUGGCUCGAGCUGAAAAAGAUCAACUGGAACUGUCUUGCACAGAGCUCAGACAAGAAUUGCUAAAGGCAAAUGGUGAAAUUAAACAUGUUUCAAGCCUGCUAGCCAAGAUGGAAAAAGAUUAUUCUUACCUGAAGGAGAUCUGUGAUCAUCAAGCAGAACAGCUGAGCAGAACCAGCCUAAAACUGCAAGAGAAAGCAUCAGAGAGUGAUGCAGAGAUAAAAGACAUGAAAGAAACCAUAUUCGAAUUGGAAGAUCAGGUGGAACAGCACCGGGCUGUCAAGUUACACAAUAAUCAACUCAUUAGUGAGCUGGAAAGCAAUGUGAUCAAAUUGGAGGAACAGAAGUCAGACUUGGAAAGGCAGCUGAAGACCCUGACAAAGCAGAUAAAGGAGGAGACAGAGGAAUGGAGGCGGUUCCAGGCAGACCUGCAGACUGCAGUGGUUGUGGCCAAUGACAUCAAGUGCGAGGCCCAGCAGGAACUGCGCUCUGUUAAGAGGAGGCUGCUGGAAGAGGAAGAGAAGAACGCCAGGCUACAAAAGGAGCUGGGGGACAUGCAGGGCCAUAGCAGAGCUGUGAAUGAAGAAUCUGAGCCCUCAGAGGUCGAUGCUGCUGGCCGGUGGCAUGGCGUCUACGUCACCAGAACAGCUCCAGCACCUGCAGAAUCUGCAACGACUGUUAAGUCACUGAUCAAGUCAUUUGACUUGGGACGCUCAGGUGGAACUGGACAGAAUAUUUCUGUCCAUAAGACUCCCAGAAGUCCCCUAAGUGGAAUACCAGUAAGGACCACUCCAGCAGCUGCUGUCUCUCCCAUGCAGAGGCAUUCGACUUACAGCAGCUUGAGGCCAGCCAACAAAGGUGUGACUCAGCGCUUAGAUCUUCCAGACCUUCCCCUCUCAGAUCUUCUGAAGGGAAGAGCUGAGGACCUGAAGCCAGACCCUUACCUCAGAAAGAGUCCCUCAUUGGAAUCACUGAGCAGACCCCCUUCCCUGGGCUUCGGGAGUACCAGACUGCUGAGCGCCUCCACCGGGGGGUUGAAACCACCAAGCAAACUCAGUGUGGAACGAAGAGACCCUCUAGCAGCCCUGGCUCGUGAAUACGGCGGCUCCAAGCGCAACGCACUACUGAAAUGGUGCCAGAAGAAGACAGAAGGCUAUGCGAACAUUGACAUCACCAACUUCAGCAGCAGCUGGAGUGAUGGCCUGGCCUUCUGUGCUCUGCUCCACACCUACUUGCCUGCCCACAUCCCGUACCAUGAGCUGAACAGUCAAGAAAAAAAGAAGAAUCUCUUAUUGGCAUUUGAAGCAGCUGAAAGUGUAGGAAUCAAACCCAGCUUGGAGCUCAGUGAGAUGUUGUACACUGACCGGCCUGACUGGCAGAGCGUGAUGCAGUAUGUGGCCCAGAUCUACAAGUACUUUGAGACUUAAACCUCAGGGCCCAAAAGAAUUAGCUGCCACCAACAUUGGUUUGUCCUGGAAGUACCUGGUUGCCACCAAUCUUGCUCUGCCCACUGUCCAGCCUCCUGGAUUUCUAAGAAAGGCUCAAACCAAGUGAAUCAACACUCAAAGAAGAAACUAGAGCUGGAUUCUGCAGUGUCCCUAUUGCAAAUGCAAAUGCAUUUGGAGUAUAAGUUGGGGAAUCUUUGCUCUUCCAUGGCAGGUUUCUAAAGAGGAUGGCCUUCCUUCUUCCAAACCAAGAUCCCACAGGCAUAUUUCUGUGAGAAAGAACCCAGGACGUCACCAAUCCCACAUGGUGACUUGAUGCGUAAUCUGCACAGAGAUUCUUGAGGUACAACACCUCCAAACCAGUUUUUUUGUUUUUUGAUUUUUGGGUUUUUUACUUAAAAUCCCUGGCUUUUGCUUUCAUAAAAACUGCCCUUGUCAACCACCCCACAAAACAUAAAAAACAAAGAAACUUUUGCUUUGCUUCAAAGCAACCUUGGAAACACUUUGGCUCUGUAGAACUCAACUAUUUGAGUCUUCAAUAUGCAAAGGAGCCUGCGGUGCCUUGCUGAAGGUCCCCUGAGGUGUCUCAUAGCAGGAAGUGUGUACAGUGGACGGUUUACGGGCUGAAAGGGAAACCACAGUCAUUGUCCACAGCACCUUCUAUCCCAUUUAUUCACCUCCUAUUCAUACCCACGCACAUUUGUCACACAUGAAGAACUUGAUAGUCA